CCCAAAACUAAGGCCAUAAUCGGAUACACUUUUAAGUUUUAUCAGCUAAAAGACCCAAGACAAGGAAACCUUAGAGGGUUUUCUGAAGUUUGAUUGACUGGAAUCAAAUCAAAUUCGUCAGUAGAUUUGUGGUCUUCCGAAACCCAAAAAAAAAAAGUGUGAGGAGGAAGGGAGGGAGGGAGGGAAGGAAGGAAGAUGGCGGACGACGACCAUUUGCCUCCCCAGAUCAGGCUCGUCAAUUUCGUCUCUGAAGAACAGUUGGAAGAAGCCAGGAGAAGUAGGGGGUCUCGCAUCGACGAUGGAACUGCCCAGAGAGAUAGGUCCCUCUACGAGAUCCUCAAGGAGAAUAAAGACAGAAAAGAUGCAGAAUUCAAUGAGCGUUUCAAGCAUAGACCUCCCAAAGCAUUGGAUGAAGAUGAGACUGAGUUUCUCGAUAAAUUAGAGAUGUCAAGGAGAGAAUAUGAACGCCAAGUGGCAGAUGAAGAAGCACUGCAGCUGCAAAGAUUUCAAGCGGCUGUGGCAGCACAAUGUGAUGUUCAUGAGCUAAAGGAGACGCCUUCUGCUCCCAAAGUACAGACAAUAAGGAUGAAGUAAUUUUAUCAAAUACAGAAGAUCACUUACAAAUCAACCUGGGGAAAGAUAUAUAAGAUCAAUUUGGGGAUGAGAUUUAUGAUGCAUAUGCACUUGUCAAGCUCCAGACAGAAGAUAGGGAACUUUUACUGAAUCUUAAAUCUUAAUCACUUGGGGUAGGUUUUUUUUUUAUUGUGUUGGGUUGGCCCAAUUUAUCCAAAGCUUAUCUAGUUCUAAGAGCUAUAAGUUAUCCAAGUGAAUUCGGGAGUCUUCGGGUGCCAUGAGAUAGCAUAUCUUAGGUUCAAUGUUAUCUGGACUGGCUAAUAUAUGGAAUGAAAACUUUGGAUGAGUUGAGAUCAAUGGAAGUGCCAAAGAAUGGGAAGAUUCUGGAAAGCCUUUAUUCAACUUCAGUCCAUGAAAGAUUGACUCCUCUGGUUUCCAGAUGGGGGUGGCACUAGACUAAUUGCACAAAUCUUGAUGGUGAAGCCGCUAAUUGAGUUGAAAAGUUUCUCUGGCAUUUUUUAUUAACUAAAGCACUCUAGUUAGUCUAUAAACACAAUACUAGCAGUCAUCUUGUGGCAAAAUGAGGCCCAAGUUAUGCUACUGAAAUUAGUACUGCUGCAAACUCUGCCUGCAUUAAAUGAUGCCAUGCUUCAGAAAGUUUGGUUAAAGGAGGAUAGGCAACUCCGUUUGUAUAGCUGAAUUCUUGAUGUAAUGAUCAUUUUUCGGUGU